AUGUACCAAGAUCAUAUAUGCCAAGCGCCGAACCGGGACGAAAUCGAAAAAGCUUUAUUUAAUUAUGAAAUUAGGAAGAAAACUGCAGAAUGUCAUGAUUCACCAAGGUUAAUAAUACACGAAGCUCGACUUAAAUUAUCUUCAGAUGCUGCUAUUACUAGUUCUCAAUACAAUACAUCACAAAGUGCUAUUCAACGUAUGCGAAGAGAUGAUAAUAUUCCAUCCGAACCUAAAACAUUCGCCGAUAUUACUACUCCAUUAAAUUUUCAAAAUAUUAGUAUUACGAAUCAAAAGUUUCUUUUAUAUGAAAACAAUAAUGUUAAUGGUCGAUUAUUAAUAUUUGGUAGUAAAGAACAAUUGAAUUUUUAA